UAGAAACUUGUGUUGUUUUCUUGUUAUUCCUCAAAUUGGGACAAUUUCAGGCAACACCGACACCAUAUGUAAGUGUUCAAGGACGGGGGAAACGAUUAAAAACUUUUGGUAAAUACAAAAUAACAAACGAUUGUCUAAUAAUGCAUAAUGGUCAGAAGUUAAGUGCUCUCCAAUGCAAUUCUCAAGCGAAUUGCCAUAAAAGGCGCAGCCUUCUGGGUGUAACGCAAAAUGUGAAUCGACAUUAUGGACAAGACGGUAUUGGAUUACCAAUCGCUGGACACGCAUAGUGCGGUGGCUUAUCACUGGCGCGUGUGGCAAUUGACAGGCUUGCUCCGGCCGAAGAGCUUCUCAAGUGGACUCUUUAUCAUCUAUUCGAUUGUCAUUAAUACCCUGGUCACAUUGCUCUUUCCCCUCACGCUGGUAAUUCAGCUCUUCUUCGCCCACAAUCUGCAGGCCUUAUUCGAGAAUCUUACCAUCACCAUAACGGACAUUGCGGCAAAUCUGAAGUUCAUCAAUGUGUUCCUUGUACGCCAAGAGUUGAAGCAGAUUAAGAGACUUCUGCAACGUUUAGAUAGGCGAGCUAUUCAGGUAAACAAUCCCAAGGAAUUGGAGGUGCUUCGGCGGGCCGUUGCAACCUCACGCACUGGCUUUCGCAUCUUUGCCGGCAUCUUCAUCAUAGGCACCAUUCUGAGCUGUUUGCGGGUGGCCUUUGCCAAGCAGCGAGAGCUUUUGUAUCCAGCCUGGUUUGGCAUUGACUGGCAUCGAUCGGAUGUCGCCUACGUGGCCAUCUAUGUGUACCAGCUGAUUGGCCUUAUUGUCCAGGCUGCGCAGGAUUGUGCCAACGACUCCUAUCCACCGGCCUAUCUCGGCAUACUGACCGGUCACAUGCGCGCCUUGGAGCUGCGCGUACGACGCAUUGGCUAUCCGGCAGUGCGCCCCACGGCCGUUAACUAUGAGAGCUGGCGCAUCUCCGUCUACAAUGAUUUGCGCAACUGCAUCGAUGAUUUCAAUUGUGUCCUCAAGCUGCACGAGAUCAUCCAGAAAAUACUGUCCACUGCUUGCAUGGCACAAUUCAUUUGUUCCGGCACCGUACAAUGCACCGUGGCAAUGCAUUUUCUAUAUGUCGCCGACUCUAAUGACCUGUCAGCCAUGAUGCUUUCGCUCGUUUUCUUUUUGUCCGUCACCCUAGAGGUAUUCAUUAUAUGCCUCUUUGGUGAACGCUUGCGAACACAAAGCGAGGCGCUCCUGGACUCUUUCUAUGGCUGCAACUGGUUGGAGCAAUUGCCACAGUUCAAGAGCAAUCUAUUAAUAACGCUUAUUCGCGCCCAACGGCCAACUGUGAUCUUUGCCGGGAACUACAUAUCGCUCACGCUGGAAACCUUUGUUCAGGUCUUAAGGAUUACUUAUUCAGCUUUCACUUUGCUGUUACGUACACGUUGAAUCUAAAUAAAAAAUCCAAAAAUUAAUCUACAGAUUUUAGCUAAAAUAAAACAAGGCCUAAUUUAAAUUAAUAAAUGACCCAGAAAUA